AUGAUAGAUCUAAGCACGCUCAAUCCCGCACAGAUUACCGUGCUGGGAUCCGCGUUUUGUGUUAUGCUUUCCAUGCAUUUCACAUCGCAGUUAUUGUCUCAUCAUCUCUUCUAUUGGAAGAAUCCAAAAGAGCAAAAGGCUAUUAUCAUCAUCAUUCUCAUGGCUCCCCUUUAUGCAACUGUCUCCUUUGUGGGUCUCUUGGAUAUUAGAGGAAGCAAAGAGUUUUUCACCUUUUUGGAGUCAGUCAAAGAAUGUUAUGAAGCUUUGGUCAUUGCCAAGUUUUUGGCUUUGAUGUAUAGUUACUUGAACAUAUCAAUGAGUGGAAACAUUGUGCCUGAUGAAAUUAAAGGCAGGGAAAUUCACCACUCUUUUCCCAUGACACUUUUUCAC